AUGAAGGCAAGCAAGAAGGAGGAGCCAGCUGGCACCAUGGAGGGUGCCGCUGAUCGCGGCGAUGCUAUGGAGAGCGCGGCCGCCACACGCGUUGCUGGGGGCUCCGUACCAAAAAAAGUACGGACAAAAACCAAGUGGGGGUACCCUAUCGGUGAUGCUGUACAGCCUGAGCCCCAAGCCGGCGGCAGGUUCGCCUGGGCUUCACUUAACCACACCGUUCUUCACGCUCAGGGCAGGUACCGAGACGAAACUUUGCAGGAUCUUGGGAACCUUCACAGACUACAGCUGUUUUCUUCACAUCAUGCCGAACAGCCGCAGCGGCCGUUGUAGCGCCUGCCUUGAAUGGGGCCAAGACAUCAGGCACACCAGGGCUAGGACGGGGGGGUUAGUUCGGAGUUUUGUAGACGAGGCUGGUAUCGCAGACAGGUUUCCCGGCUUUCAGUCGAUCGCCCCGGGCAUAAACUCGUUCGCAUUAUGUAAACGCUCGGGUUGUCUGCUGGAGCUGUACCAGAAGCACGAGUGGGCGCGAAGCAGGGAACGGGUUGCGCGGAAGGCGAAACAGACGCCGCGCCACAGCCGGAUGUGGAGCGCCGCUCCUGAACCAGUCACGCACGAUAAACGCCGGCAGCUUGAUCGGUACUGUACUUCGCCGGAGGCGGUGGAGGAUUUGCGGAUGCUGUUGCCAUUGCGGGUUGUGUGUUGGACAUGUGCGGCGGACCUGAAGACGCGGUGGCACGGGGGUUUCGGAGCACGUGUGAAGUUCUCACUAGCGACGUGAGCUCGAGGUGACGAGGUACCAACCUGGACGCGAGCUUGCUCUCUUGUCCGGGUGAUUUUCUCAAGGCCAACCCCGGAAAGCAACCUGACUGGGUCGUGACGAGCCCUCCAUACAAGGGUGCCGUGGGGUUUGUCAAGGCGGCUUUGGCGGUGGCGACGAAAGGCGUGGCGCUCAAACUGCCGCUAUCGUUCCUGAAACCCUGUGCCGAUCGGGGGGGUUGGCUUGUAGACAACCCCCCGGCUGUGAGGGGUUUUUUGGGUAGAGCUAAGUACACGAAUGCUCACCAUGUGAAAGUCGGGGAAUUUGGGGGGGUGUGGUACACCGAUGGAGGCU